AUGUAAGACAAUGUAUUAGACUUCAUAAUUACUGUAUCUCAAUCAUAAAAGAGUGAAUAAACAGUUUAUUAUCAACUUAAGUAAAAAUAAUUCUCUAUUUAUAUAAGCUUUUUCAAUCAAAAAAAUCAACUAAUCUUCUAUAAUCAAUAAAGAUAUUCAGAACUUAAAAAGUUUCAUGAAGCACUUGAGACACUCAAAAUUACAUUACCUAUAUUUCCUGGUACUCAUUGGUGGAAAUCAGUCAAUUCAGAUCCAGAUUUGAUUGAAGAACGUAAGCAAUUGCUUGAUCAAUAUUUCAGAAGUCUCACUAGUUCUAAAAUUGUUAGAGAUUCUUUAAUUUUUAAGAACUUCAUCUUAUCUGCCUAAAAAGAAGCAGAAAAGAGAGUACUUAAAGUAAUAUACUUUUUAUUCAUAUUAAUAGGAGUAAAAAGAAAAGACUAAGAAAGCUGAAGGUUUUGCUAACUAAAAUAAAAGAAAAGUUAAAACUACUAAAUAUUAAACACCUGCCACUAAUCCAGUCAAUCUACCUCCAACUCCUGGAGAAUUGAAAGAAAGAUCAUAAUCUUUAGAACAUAAACCAUCAAGUAGUAAAAUUGAAAAAGAAAAUAGUAAAGGAAGUAAAUUUCAAUCACCAGUAACUAAUAAUUAUUAUAUAUAAAUUAGAUUCUGAAUUUUGGAGGAUCAAAAAUCUUUAGAGGCAUCUUAUCAAACACUGCUAAACAAUGAC